GCUCCUAAACUAAACUCAAAAUAAAGAAGAAAGAUAUAUCUUUUCUCUCUCUCUCUCUAACCAUGUUUUCCUCAAAGCUUGGCCACGAAAACGACUGAGUUUGGCUUAUCUUGUCUUCUUCACUACAAAGUCUUGAUCUUCACUCUCUUUUGAUUAGAUUUUCUUAAGGUUGGUUUGUUUCUGCUUAAGAAUUCUCAAAUCUUGGCUCUUCUUGGAAAAAAAAUUGUCCUCAAUUUUACUUGAGCUGAAUCUCAGAUUAAAAAGGAAAUAAAAAUUGGUAGAUGUGGUUUUGGUAGAGACAUGUCUAUAGCUUGUGAGCUCUCAAAUCCCAAUUUAAAGAAGACAAAAGCAGAAACCAUUGUCGGAAAUUGGACAAGCAAGAAGAUUCUGCUUUUCCGGGUUUUAUGUGGCCUAGUCUGCAUCUCACUUGUUCUCUGGCUCUGCUUAAGCUUCUAUGUUGGGUCCUUAUGUAUAUGCAAUAAAGAUGCUGAAUCUUCUAAAGGAGUCUUGUUCAGGAACCAUAACGUUACCAGAAGUGAGAUUGAUGCUAUGCUUUCUCUCUUCUUUGAUUCAAAUCAGGUAACAUCCUUUGAAUGUCGCAAGGAAUCGAACCCUGGAAUGUGGGAGAGUUAUGGUAUUACAUGUUCCUUGUCAACACGUUUAGAGAAAGACGAGGAGGCUAAGAGACAUGUUGCAGAGCUUAUGUCAUCAUCUGAGGCAAGCAUUUUGGAUAAUCUUGAAGAGAAUGUAGAAAAGGAAGAGGAUGAAAGUGGGCAUCAGGAUGUGUUGUUUUAUCUAAUGAAUAAAUGGCAUUGGUGGUUCGUCCUUUGUGUACUAGUGGCGGCCCAUUUUAUAUUUGAAUUUCAUCGAAGAAAAGAAGUUUCUUUCCUACAAGACAAGCAGCAGACCCAAUGUAAAAGAGAUGGGAAGUUGAGGAAGAACAUGCUUCUCCUCUGUAUCAUCGCUGGAGUUUCUUUAUCUGUGUUUUGGUUUUGGCAUACUAACGAGAAGAUCUUGCGCCAAAGGAGAGAGACAUUAACCAAUAUGUGUGAAGAACGAGCUCGAGUGUUACAGGACCAGUUCAAUGUUAGCAUGAACCAUGUUCACGCCUUGUCCAUUCUUGUCUCUACCUUUCACCAUGGGAAAACCCCAUCUGCCAUUGAUCAGAAAACGUUCAGUGAAUAUACUGAGAGAACUAAUUUUGAAAGGCCUCUCACGAGCGGUGUUGCCUAUGCAUUAAAAGUAACUCACUCAGAAAGAGAGAAGUUCGAGAAGGAGCAUGGAUGGACAAUAAAGAAAAUGAACCCUGAAGACCAGACACUUGUCCAUGAGUUCGAUCCAGCGCCUGUUCAAGACGAGUAUGCACCUGUUAUUUUCGCUCAAGAAACCGUCUCUCAUCUUGUCUCAGUCGACAUGAUGUCUGGAAACGAAGACCGAGAAAACAUCUUGCGAGCAAGGGCCUUAGGAAAAGGAGUGUUAACAUCACCUUUUCAGCUUCUGAAAUCAAAUCAUCUGGGCGUUAUAUUGACUUUUGCUGUAUAUAACACCAACCUACCACAUGAUGCUACAGAGGAAGAGAGGAUUCAGGCAACAAUAGGGUACCUUGGUGCAUCAUAUGAUAUGCCGUCACUGGUGGAGAAACUUCUUCAGCAACUUGCGAGUAAACAGACGAUAUCUGUCAAUGUUUAUGACACAACCAAUGCCUCAUCUGUCAUUAAAAUGUAUGGCUCAGAGGUUGGUGAUAUGAGUGAAGAGCACAUUAGUAGCCUUGACUUUGGUGAUCCCUUUAGGAAGCAUGAGAUGCACUGCAGGUUUACACAAAAACCGCCUAUUCCUUGGUUAGCGAUAAUGCCACCUGGUUUUGCACUGGUUAUUACGUUUCUUCUUGGUUAUAUCUUUAAUGAAGCCAUUAAUCGGAUUGCUACAGUUGAAGAGGACAUUCGGAAAGUGAGAGAGCUUAAAGCUCGUGCAGAGGCCGCUGAUGUGGCAAAGUCACAAUUCCUAGCCACUGUUUCUCAUGAGAUACGUACUCCAAUGGUUGGUGUUCUAGGAAUGCUGAAGUUGCUGAUGGACACUGAUCUUGACGCAAAACAAAUGGACUUUGCUGAAACCGCUCAUGGCAGUGGGAAAGAUCUCAUAUCAUUGAUAAACGAGGUUCUUGAUCAAGCAAAGAUUGAGUCAGGAAGGCUUGAGCUUGAAAGCGUGCCUUUUGAUCUCCGCUUUCUUCUGGAUAAUAUCUCAUCCCUCCUCUCUGGCAAGGCUGCUGAAAAAGGAAUCGAGUUGGCUGUGUAUGUUUCUAGUCAUGUUCCUGCUGUUAUAAUUGGUGAUCCGGGUCGGUUCCGACAGAUAAUCACAAACCUGGUUGGAAACUCAAUCAAGUUCACACAGGAAAAGGGACACAUAUUCAUCUCGGUGCACCUAACCAAUGAGGUGAGAGAACCGUUUGAUACAGAAGAUGAAAUACUAAAACAAAGACUUGGUUCGGAUGAGACAUGUAACACACUUAGCGGCUAUCCUGCUGUGAAUGCAACUGGAAGCUGGAGGAACUUCAGGACAUUUCAGGAUCAUAUUUCAUCAGAUAAAAUUGAGUUGCUUGUUACUGUGGAGGACACAGGUGUUGGCAUUCCUUUUGAGGCACAAUCUCGGAUCUUCACUCCGUUUAUGCAAGCUGACAGUUCCACAUCACGGACUUAUGGUGGGACAGGGAUAGGUUUGAGCAUAAGCAAGCGUUUAGUUGAGCUCAUGCAAGGAGAGAUUGGGUUUGUAAGCAAGCCUGGUGUUGGCACUACUUUCUCCUUUACCGGAGUUUUUGGAAAAGAUUCAUCAGUCACUGCGUUGGAGCUAUUCGAUCAAUCUAUUCAUGAGUUUCAAGGACUGAAAGCAUUAGUUAUUGAUAGCAGAAACAUUCGAGCUGAGGUUACUCGUUACCAUCUACAGAGAGUUGGCAUAUCUUCUAUAGACAUUGCUUCAAGUCUUGGAACUGCAUCUACUUCCUGUGCCAGUAAAUUGGUGAACUUGGAUUUGGUUCUAGUCGACAAAGAUGCCUGGAACAAGGAAGAGUAUGUAGCAUUUAGUGAUCUGCUCAACAGUGGUCAAGAGACCUAUACAAGACCCCCAAAGAUUUUACUUUUGGCUACUUUUACAACUCCAUUGGAGCUCAGUGAGAUCAAAUCCUCUGGUUUGGUAGACGAGGUUUUGAUGAAACCACUUCGAAUGAGUGUCUUGAUAUGCUGCUUGCAAGAGACCAUGGGAGACGGCAAGAAGAGGCAAAUAAAAAGAAAGCCAAAAAAUCUUGGGAGCUUGCUUAGAGGAAAACAUAUAUUGGUGGUAGACGAUACAGUGGUGAAUAGAAGAGUGGCAGAUGCAGUACUUAGGAAAUAUAAAGCUCUUGUGACUUGCGUUGACAGUGGCAAAGCUGCAGUUGCAAUGCUUAAGCCGCCUCAUGAUUUUGACGCAUGCUUCAUGGAUUUGCAGAUGCCUGAAAUGGAUGGAUUUGAAGCAACAAGAAGAGUGCGUGAUCUGGAAGAAGAGAUGAACAAGAAAACCGAUCAGUCUAGGAAGUGGCACACACCAAUAUUAGCUAUGACUGCUGAUGUGAUUCAGGCUACAAAUGAAAAAUGCAUAAAAUGUGGAAUGGAUGGUUUUGUAUCGAAACCGUUUGAAGAGGAAGAGCUUUAUUCAUCAGUGGCAAGAUUCUUCGACAAAUAAUAAAAAAAAGAACAUAUAUAGUUAGGCAAGUUUGAUGGUAUAGUCAGAUUGUCUUUUGUAGGUUUAUUAUCUCUUAUGGCUUAGUGUGAUUAUCUUUGUAUAGAUAUAUACAUGAAUUAUAAUAGUGUAUAGUAGAUUCAGGACCAAAGGGUCUCUUAGCUGUAAAACGGUUUGCUUGUUGUGUAGUUUAAACAGGAGUUUAAGUCAUGGAAGAUUUGUGUACUUUUCAAGUAUCAUCCAUACUUGAUUUCAGCUAUUUAAUUUGAAUUUUUC